CACAAGAGCGUGUGAGAUAGACUGUCCAGCUGGCUCAGUCUGAAGUGUAUUUUCAGUUGGUUUAUUUCAGAUGGUUUUAAGAUGUUAUUGAAGCCGAAUGUACUUCACCAAAUCCUCAACCAGGCUAAUACAAACGGAGCGAUUGCUACUGUAUUGCUUGACAAAAAUGGUUUGCUGAUUGCUAGUGCCGGUGAAGGAUGUGAAGUCAUGUCAGCGGUUCUUAGUAAUAUUUGGACUUACUAUGAAAAAUCAGAAAAUAUAUUGGAAUUGAUUAUGAUAGAACAGGAGAAAGAUAAAAUUGUGCUAUGUAAAGUGACGCCAUCACUGUUAUUGGCAAUUAGGGGAGACAAUACGGCUGAAUUCGGAUUUCUUAAAAUAAAGUUGAAGAAGUUAAAAGAAUAUCUGAGACAGCCACUUAUGAAUGUUAUGGAGUGUGACCGGCCUGCUUAAUCGAGAAAAUCUGUCAAAAUUAAACAGAAAAAGUGUAUUGUGAUACCUUUUUCUUGGGUGGGUGAAACAUACAUAGAGAAACGAUUUAGUGUAGGUACAACAAAUGUUCAUCUCUACCGUUAGAUAAACCGUGCGCAGCAAAGACAAAUUAAAU